AGCGGUAAAGUAGGUACUGCAUCACGAUCCUGCAUUGUCCCUUAUCCAUCGAUGUUUCUUUCGUCGGAGGUGUCAAGUCCAUCCUCACAAUUCAGAACCCAAGCAAUCUAAAACCACCAAAGCAAAAGCACCAGCACGCCAACUUUCCAACAAUGGGAAACGCCACCUCGCUUACAAACCCCACCAAAGAUGGAGCCACGUCCCCGGCGCCUUCUCCCGCCCAAGCGGCCAAGAAGCGCCGCCGAUCUCCCAGACGGACGCAACCGAAUGCUUUCGAUCGAAUCGGAUCUCAAGAUUUGGAUCAAAUCUACGAGUUUGUGCAUCACCUGAAGCAAACCAAGGAGGGAGAGGAGCUAUUGGACACAUUUGUAGCCCAUCAAGCCGAGCAGCAUCCUUCCUUGGCGGGAAAACCCUCGGAGCCACCCAAGACGAUUACAAUACCGUCAUCAGCAAACGAUUCGGCUCCACAGAAAUCAAAAGAGCAGCCCAAUCCCAAAUCACGGCGGCGGUUACCGCUUGAGCUUUGAAUACUUCCCCCUUCUCUGAUCAUUCCUUCCUAGCGAAAAUAUACCAAGCAUAGAUUGCAUAGAUAUAUACAUAGACAAAUCUUCAAUGACCACAUCCAA